AUGCUUACCUUGCACUACACUUUCUUUCCUUCUUUCUUUCUUUCUUUUUUUUUCUACCUUCUUUCUUUCUUUCUUUCUUUCUUUCUUUCUUUCAUUUUUUUAUUUCUUUCUUUCGUUCUAUUCUUUCUAAAUCCUAUUUCGACUUCCACCAAUAUUUCUUUCUUACUUUCCCUAAUACUGACCUCACCUAUCAAUGCUUUCUAUCUAUCUAUCUAUCUAUCUAUCUAUCUAUCUAUCUAUCUAUCUAUCUAUCUAUCUAUCUAUCUAAUUUUGAUAUAUCGGUCUGUUUAUUCCGUUCGUAUUCAUCUAUCUAUCUAUCUAUCUAUCUAUCUAUCUAUCUCAUCUCUUCAUCUAUCUAUCUAUCUAUCUAUCUAUCUAUCUCAGUCUCUUCAUAUCUAUCUAUCUAUCUAUCUAUCUAUCUAUCUAUCUAUCUAUCUAUCUAUCUAUCCGUCCGUCUAUAUCAUUGUGUUAAUCUAUCUAAGUAUAUUUAAAUCUAUCUAUCUAUCUAUCUAUCUAUCUAUCUAUCUAUCUAUCUAUCUAUCUAACAUAUUUAAAUCUAUCUAUCUAUCUAUCUAUCUAUCUAUCUAUCUAUCUGUCUGUCUGUCUGUUUAUUCUAAUAAACUCAUAUGCCUUUUAUCUAUCUAUAUACAUAUAUAUCCCAGUCUGUUAAUCUAUCUAUCUCUUUCCGUUAAUCUAUCUAUCUAUCUAUCUAUCUAUCUAUCUAUCUAUCUAUCAUGCUAG